GUCUGAAUACUCAGGAGUGAGUGCGAGCUCAAAUUCUCUGCGGUGCAGAGCUGGAAAAACACAGCACCCUUCCACCCCAACGCUGCUUCACUGGCUUAAGGACAUAUUUUGGAGUAUCCGGGAUCGGGACGGGAGCCCUCCUCCGGUACUCAUUUUUAUCUUUUAUUUAUGCUUUGAGUUCAAGUGCGGCGACGGGACAUUGAGCGCGCGAGAGACUUGACUUUCUCCAGCGCCGCGAGUAGACUCUGAAGACUGCAGCUGUCGAGCUCUGCGCGUCCAUAUGAGGCAGAUGUCUUUCGCGGUGCAUUAGUCCCGAAAGUUUUUGGCUUUCUGUUGUUCGAGCACAAUCGAGUGACACUGUAUGCUCCAGCGCACGAGCGCGUCGCAUGCGGACACCCAUCAAGAACAUUGCUCGCGCAAAGAGAGGGGAGAAAAAACGCAAAAGUCUGGUUUUCCCAACACUUUGCUGAAGAACAGGGGCACGAUGAGCGCCGAUCUUGCCAUGGGGCCCGAGCUGCCCACCAGCCCGCUGGCGUUGGAAUAUGUCAAUGACUUUGAUUUAAUGAAGUUCGAGGUAAAGAAAGAGGCCAUGGCGGCGCACGACCGCGCUAAUAUACGGCAGUGCAACCGCCUCCAGCCGCAGGGCUCCGUGUCCUCCACUCCUAUCAGUACCCCGUGCAGCUCCGUUCCGUCCUCCCCGAGCUUCAGCCCCACAGAACAGAAGAACCACCUGGAGGAGCUGUACUGGAUGCCCAGCGGCGCGUACCCGCAGCAGAUCGACCCGCAGACGUUAAGUCUGACGCCCGAAGACGCGGUGGAGGCUCUGAUCGGUGCCACGGCCCACGGGCACCCGCCGCCCCCUCACGUGCAGCAGCAGCUGCAAGCUGGAGCGUUUGAUGGAUACAGGGGCCCGCAUCACCACCACGGCCACGCGCAGCAACAACAGCAGCAGCAGCAGCAGCCGCACCACCACCACCAACACCAGUACGGCGCGAUCCCCCAUCACCCCGACGACCUGUCGGGUCACCCCGGCGCUCACGGUCACCACCCGCACCAUCACCACCACCACCACCACAGUCAGGACCCCGACAGCCCUUCUCCUACCUCGCCCGAGCAGCUCCACCACCGCCACCACCACCAUCACCACCCGCACGGCCACCCGGGUCAGGGUCACCACGGCGUGGGGGGCGGCCUGAACGUGGAGGACCGCUUCUCCGACGACCAGCUGGUGACCAUGUCCGUACGGGAGCUCAACCGACACCUGCGGGGCUUCACCAAGGACGAGGUGAUCCGCCUGAAGCAGAAGCGCCGGACCCUGAAGAACCGGGGCUACGCGCAGUCCUGCCGCUUCAAGCGCGUGCAGCAGAAGCACCUGCUGGAGAACGAGAAGACGCAGCUCAUCAACCAGGUGGAGCAGCUCAAGCAGGAGAUCAACCGGCUGGCCCGAGAGAGAGACGCCUACAAACUCAAGUGCGAGAAACUGACCGGAGCGAACGGGUUCCGCGAGGCAGGAUCCACGAGCGACAACCCGUCCUCCCCAGAGUUCUUCAUGUGAGUGCGUGUAUGCAGUACAGUGUGUCUGCUUCUUAUGCCUGAGAGACAGCUACCAGUACUCGUAUUAGAAGAGAAUAAUCCACAAGAAAUAAUAACGAUAAUAAUAAUCUCGUAUGUAAUCAUCGCCACAGACCGCUGGCAACUAAAACGCGAAGAACACGGUAGAAUGUUUUCCGGGAUUUAGAUUAGUUGCUUGUAGUACUACCCCUCGUUUCGUAGAAAACAAAAAGAGAGAAAGGCGAAGAAGAGCUGGCUUUUUGUAUUUAGAUAAGACCUGCUUUGCGUCUGGUAUGUUGAGGAAAAAGAACAAAAGUCGCCAAACUGUGUUUGCGCGGAGCGGAGAGAGAAACUUUGGACUUUUUUUCUUUCUUUUUCCUACUCGGCCAGAAAAGUUGAGAGCACCACAAUAUGCAAAACUUCCCUUAACUUCUCCUGUUAAAGCCGCCUGAGAGAGAGGCGACAGGGGGAACUUUAUGCAACAUCUCAUCGGUUUAUUGCCUGCUUGGUUAUAUAUAGAUAUAUAUAUAUAUAUUAAAAAGAAAAGGAAAAACGACAAAAACAAACACAUAAAUCUGCAUUAAGAUAUUAAUCCUGCAUGCUGGACAUGUAUGGUAAUAAUUUCUAUUUUAUACACUCUUUCUUUCCUUCUUUCUUUCCUUCCUUCUGUUCAUUAUGUAUCAUAAAGAGCAUGUUUUUGAUCUUUAGCUCUUUUUUGGGGGGGAUAUGAGACUGGCUCUCCGGUCAUGGGUUCAUUAUUUGGACUUGUAAAUACAUAUGCAACAGCAAACCUACAAACCGACAUCGAAGAGCUGAUUGUUUUACAACUUUUGUCGUUUGUUUCAUGUGUCGGGAAUAGAUUUCCAAUAACGGGCAUUUUGCAGUUGCAUUGAAAGUAAGCAAACUUUGUAAAAGAAGCGCACUUUUUUGGGGGGC